UCCACUCGAUCGCUCCCCCCGGCUUCUGCAAGUUUUGUGGUGGCUAAAGUAAGUGCAAUUUGUCCAUUGAGAUUGCUUGAGAGAGUUAGUGAUUUGUUAAGAUGGCAACAAAAAAACCCUUGUUUCAAUCUCCCAUGGAAGCUCAAAACUUUCCCAAUUUUCUCCCAGUCAAGCCCUCUCUAUCACACUCUCCACCAACCCAAUCCCCUAACACCACAAGAAGAACAAAGCCUCCAAAUUAGCCAUCAGAGGCUCAUGAAGAUCUGCCAAAGUUGUGUUGAUGCCAAUGUUCCAUUGGCCAUCGACGCCGAGCACACCAAAGUCCAACCCGCUAUCGAUUACUUCACGUACUCCGCCGCCAUCAUCCACAAUAAAGACAACAACCCGAUUGUGUACGGGACCGUUCAAGCGUAUCUAAAGGACGCGAAAGACCGAUUGUUGUUAGUGGCUAAGGCUGCUGACGAUAUGAAAGUCCCGCUCGGGAUUAAGCUGGUGAGAGGUGCUUACAUGUCGAGCGAAUCCAAAAUUGCUUCUUCUUUAGGGUUUGAAUCUCCGAUUCAUAACAGCAUUCAGGAAACGCAUUCGUGCUACAACAGCUGCGCAUCUUUCCUACUCGACAACAUCGCCAAUGGCUCGAGUGGAGUUAUUCUCGCAACCCACAACGUGGAAUCAGGGAAAUUGGCAGCUAGCAAAGCAUAUGAUAUAGGGAUUGGAAAGUUGAAGCAAAAGUUAGAGUUUGCCCAAUUGUAUGGAAUGUCAGAAGCACUUUCAUUUGGAUUGAGAAAUGCAGGCUUUCAAGUGAGCAAAUACAUGCCAUUUGGACCUGUGGAUAUGGUAAUGCCAUAUCUCUUAAGAAGGGCCGAAGAAAAUAGAGGUCUCUUAUCUACGUCGAAUUUGGAUAGACAACUUAUGAGAAAGGAGAUGGCAAGGAGAGUGAAAGAAUACUUGGGGUGAAAGAGGAGCCAUUAGCCACUUCAAAGAUUUGCAAUUUCUUUGUACUUGUUUCCUUUUUUACAAUAUUUACUUGUAAUUUGAACCUUUGGGAAGUUUUAAAUGGUAUCAUUUCACAUUUUAGUGAAUCCGAGGUUUGAAUUUUAUUUUUGAACUUAUAAGCUUGAAAGUUUGUAUAUUUAAAAUAUACUAUAAUGUCGUUAUACACAUGAAUUGCAUUUUCA